AUGAGUUAUAAAAAGUACUGUAAUCGAUCUCACAACGCCGUUUCUGGAGAACAGACAGUGGAAUGUCAUCUAUCAAGUAAGGCUGAAAAAUAAACUGCGAGAAUCUUUGCAGAAUUUGGACAUGUGGUUCUCAAUGCCAUGAUAAACUCAAGACCUGACCUUGUGCUUAUUAUAGCGGUCAUCUCUUGUCUUUACAUGCUCAAUGGUUCUCAUUCCGGGUUUGUGUGCAACAUAACUACAGUAAUCCCUUCCGUCCUUCUCACGUUGGUGGUUAAAGAUAUGAACCCAAUACCAUCUCCGGUCAUCGUAAGGACCUAUCUAAAAUUAUAAUAAUUUUAUUGAUCAUCUUCAAUGACUCUCAUCUUUAGAAGUCAAUUCUUAUUUUCUGGACCUUCCUAGGUGUCGGAAUUCCUGUGGAUUACAUCUGCGAUCAAGUAACUGGCUACUUUACCCUUAAAUUCAUCGUUCUGGAGUCGACCCUGUUUUGUGUUUACCAGAGAAUUAUACAAAGCAUUGACGAAUCCAAAUUCAUGGCUAAAAAUUCGCCGCCUGUGAUUAAACAGAACCCUCCAAACGUCCUGAAUUUCCAAGAAGAACAAGUAUCCAAUCAGUGUGGCAAUGUGACAUACGAUUGCAUUGAUAUUUCUCACCCAUGCUAUACUAUUCCAGCCGUCUUAACAGCUCUUGAGAAUACGAAUCAAUCCAUUUUCCCAUUUAACUCCAACCAAUAUGAGGUAAGGCCCUCAAAAUUCCUGAUUUUGCUUUCAGCAAUUUGAUUUGAAUGUUUCACCGGGUGCUGAUUCUUGUGUCUCCACCAUCGAAAGUGUAAUGCAGUUUGUUUCCCAAAACUUUUUGACUCCAGAACUCAAUGUCAACACUGAUGGAGUUCUUGAAUUAUCGACAAGAAAUCACACCGCUGCAUUGGAACUACAUAAUUCAGGAAAUUGUAAACUCAUGUGGCUAAUGAAAACAAAUUCAAACAAUCACGUAGUUGCCAUGCCCACUAAAGGCGUUCUGAAACAAGGUCAUGCCUGCAAGGUUAGAACCUUCGUGUUACUGAAACUAAAAUUAGUUUUUUAGGUUGUCAUCGAAGUUCGCGGCAAGAUAAAGAAGGAAAAACGGAGGCCUAUGUUAGUUUUUGAAUACUCACCAGUGGAAAACAACGCUCAGUACUUCAAAUCCGAGGUUAUGGAUUGUUUCAACCUUCGAAAACUUAAGGAGUAUGUUCCUAUCAAGAUAAAAUAGGUUUAUCAAGCUAA